GUCGCAGUCAAACAAGGCCCACCUAUUAAACCCCAACAGCGUCCUUCCUCCCCUGCUCUCCCGUUUCUCUCUCUCUCUCAACCCCACGCCCCCUUCUCUGCCAUUAUUGCCCGCGCAGCCAUCCUCUCUCUCUCUCCCUCCCGCUCAGUAAUCAGUAUAUGGGGACGUCCUGCUCCUCGCUUCCUCAUCCAAUCCUCCCACUUCCUCUUCUUCCUCUCAUCCUGCUUCCCCUCGCGUGCGCAGACACGAGCGCGCGUGUCCGUCACUCCCGUGCGUGCGAUAUCCUCCACCCGCCUCAGCCCGCUGUCCCCCUGCUCAUCGCCCGAUCGCCGCGACUUAUACCACCAUCAGCCAGCCACCACUCCCUCCUCAACAUUCCGCUUCUCUAGUCCCGAACACCGGCCGGCACUCGUUAGGGGGAGGUGUGCCGGUGUGGGAGGUACUCUGCUAGCCGCCAGUACAUGUGAGGUCCAUGGGGGAGGAGGUGGCGGUGGUGCUGGAGCCCCCACGGCCCAAGUCGCCGCCGAGGUACCCGGACCUGUGCGGCCGCCGCCGGCUGCAGCUGGAGCUGCAGGCCCUCAACCGCGAGAUCGACUUCCUCAAGGACGAGCUACAAUCACUCGAAGGUGUUCCACCAGUCUCUAGAAGUUGUAAAGAGGUAAAUGAGUUUGUUGGUACAAAACAAGACCCACUAAUACCGAUAAAGAAGAAGACGCACAGAUCAUGCCGUCUUUUUUGGUGGAUCAGAUCAAAAUUGUGCAUAUGCGUGUCAUGGUUCUGUUGCUCCUGCCAUUGCUUGCCCAGCUGCAAAAGGCCAUGCUGCCUGGAUUGCUCCUGCUGCUCAUGCCCAGAUCUGUCAUGCUGCAAGCCCAGCUGCAAAUCAUGCAACAAACCCUGCUUUGGGCCCAACAGCUGUUCAUGUUGCGACAUAUCAUGCUGCAAGCCAGAUUGCCCAUCCUGUAGUUCAAACUGCAGCUCGUGCUGCACCGGCAGUCCAUCAUGCUGUAAACCAAACUGCAACACCUGCUGCAGACCAAACUGUAGCUCGUGCUGCGAUCCGUCAUGCUGCAAACCGAACUGCAGCUGCUUCAAGACCCUCUCGUGCUGCAAAUUCCAGUGCAGCCCAAACUGCUGCACCUGCAGCCUCCCGAGUUGCUCCGGCUGCAACCCCUGCGGCAGUUGCAAGAAAUGCUGGUCAUGCCCCAGCGACUGCAAGCCAAGCUGUGGCUGUUUCAGCGCGCAAUGUUGCAGCUGCGCGGGAUGCUGCUCGUGCUCAAGCUGUUUCAGUUGCUUCGGUUGUUUCAAGUCCUUCAAGUGCUCCAACCUGUUUGGGUGCUGCUCCUGCAAGCAGUGCUUCAAGUGCCAGUCCUCGUGCUGCAAGGGGGCGUCGUCCUGCUGCAAAUGCCAGUCGUCGUGCUGUGAGGGUGAAGACGGCAGCAGCUGCUGCCGGAGGCCAUGCUGCACUUUUCCGAAGCCAGCUUGCUCUGGGUGUUCGUGCGGGUGCGCUUGGUCCUGCAGAAAGUGUACAGAAUGGUGUCGAUGUUCCGGGUGCCGCAAUCCGUGCUGUGCCACUGGAUGCUUGUGUUGACUGUUGAGGUUGAACUAGACGUUUCCUUGGUUGUUAUUUUUUUGCGUCUGCCGUUUAGAUGACCGUUAGUUUCGUUCGUGCUUUGAUAUAUGGUGUGGCGUCCUUGUCUGUAAAGAAAUCCCAUAUCACUAGAAGAAAUUGAAGCGUCAAUAGUCAUCAACUGCUAUAAAAUUCAGAUGCCUUUUAA